CGGUGGUGGUACCUACCCGUGCGGCCUCACAAGAGGUCCUACCACCAGUACUUAAAAGCUUAUUUAUUUCGUAAAUUAUUAACUUGAUACUUGGUGUCCUAGUGAUUUACUAAAGUCGCGAUAAAGCUUUGAAGAAUGAUUGGCAAUCACCCAAUAAGAUCGUUUAAAUUUUAUGCAGCUUACAAUAUUUUUUUUAUGUUUCAUAUAUUCGAACUUAAUGGGUAAUUUCCUGGAAAAUAAUUUGUCGUAAGAUCGUUUUAUUGAAAAGUUGUCGUAUUUAAUAGGAUGCCGUGCAAUUUCUGAUUGAUAAUAAUAUGGUCUCAAUAUAUGAAACCACCCACCUAAGUUAUGGUUCAGUAAAGCUUUCUUUAGAUCAGAAGGUUCAGGUUAUUUGCUGAUCAUAUUAAACGCUGAAAAUAAAAGCUAUAGGUGAUCUAGUAGGUACUAGGUAAUAUAGAUUUUAGGAAUUACAUAAGUGUUUUUGGAACAGGAAUUGAAAUUAAGUUUCUGUAGGUAGGUACAUAGUUUCAGUAUUUCGGCUCACCCUCAACGUCAUUGGUGGGGCGCUUCUUUAAGUGCUUACCAAGUGAGUUUUGCUUGAAGAGAAAGUAAAAUUGGUGGUGGUCGAAAAUACCAACGUCAGCGACACUCGGUAGACUCCGUGCGGCCGCGGCCGACACUCGGCCCGCAUUUCAUGGGCGGUUUGCGAAAUAAUGCCAUUGAAUUGCUCAGCCUGAAUUCGCCAGUGAACGUUCUGUCUGCGGAGAUGUCGCGCAAAUAAAUAGUGGCGCACGAAUAACAACAUCGCGCUUUCGACCCCACGACAAUGUGCCAAUGGAAAUUAGUGAUAAUAAACGUAUUUUUCAUUUUAACAAUCGACGCCAGGCAGAUAAAUUCACAGGACGCUGCUCUUGACAAUUAUGUACCCCCAAUUAACAGAACGCAGCGAUUUCUUUUCGAUGCCAUUUUCGGAUUGGAAGUUCCGAUUCUCGAAGAACAAAGCGUAGAAGACGACGAAGAUGACACUCAGGUCAAAAAGUGUACUUGUGAGUGCGGAAGGGCAAACCCACUACCUAGAAAGAUGGAGUGCGGUGGCGCCAACCAAGAGAACCGUAUCGUGGGUGGGAUGCCAGCCAGCUCAAACCGGUACCCGUGGAUGGCCAGAAUCGUUUACGACGGACAGUUCCACUGUGGAGCCUCAGUUCUCACCAAGGAAUACGUGUUAACAGCAGCGCAUUGUGUCAAGAAAUUAAAAAGAUCAAAGAUCCGGGUGAUCCUCGGAGAUCACGACCAGACGAUCACGUCCGAGAGUGCGGCCAUCAUGCGGGCUGUCUCUGCGAUUGUCCGCCACCGUAGCUUCGACACUGAAUCAUACAAUAACGAUAUAGCACUACUAAAGUUGAGAAAACCCGUGAAUUUCUCUAAAAUCAUCAAGCCCGUUUGUUUGCCCCCUCCAAGUAUUGACCCAGCUGGAAAAGAAGGUGUAGUGGUGGGAUGGGGGCGAACAUCCGAGGGGGGUCAAUUGCCCGCAGUUGUACAGGAGGUUCGCGUGCCCAUUCUAUCACUGAAUCAGUGUCGAGGAUUGAAAUACCGUGCAUCUAAGAUCACUAACAACAUGCUGUGUGCGGGCAGGGCGUCAACCGAUUCUUGUCAAGGAGACAGCGGUGGGCCUUUGCUUCUUCAGCAAGGGGACAAGUAUCAAAUUGUUGGCAUAGUGUCAUGGGGAGUCGGUUGCGGUCGACCGGGAUACCCGGGAGUCUACACGAGGGUCACUCGAUACCUACCCUGGCUUAAAGCAAACCUUCGAGACACAUGUCUGUGUGAAACUUCUUCAAUAAUGUGGAGGAGUGCUCUAAUCUUAUUAGGUGUCUGCUUAACUUUCACUUGUACUGAGGGUGAUGAAAUUGUGCGUGAUGCAAGGGGUAUAUUCACGAAGAAUUUCUUCGGUGGUGUAUGGGGAAACCGACCUCCCUUUUUGGAUGCCAAUCGAUUCAGAACAACAUGCACUUGCAAAUGCGGUGAACGAAAUGAAGUAUCCAGAAUAGUUGGAGGUGUAGAAGCAGGAGUUGAUGAGUUUCCUUGGAUAGUUAAGCUUCAGUACUUUAAGAAAUUUUAUUGUGGCGGGAUGCUAGUCAAUGACAGAUAUGUUCUAACAGCUGCUCAUUGUGUGAAAGGGUUCAUGUGGUUCAUGAUUAAGGUGACCUUUGGGGAACACAACAGGUGUAAUGCGACCGAGAGGCCUGAGACGAGAUUUGUUGUGCGAGCCAUUUCCCACAACUUUAGUAUGAGCAACUUCAACAACGACAUCGCUCUGUUGAGACUUAAUGAAAAAGUUCCAAUCUCGGAAGCGAUCAAACCGAUUUGUUUGCCUUUUAACGAUGACAGUCUCUAUGUCGGAGUGACAGCCGUAGCCUCGGGCUGGGGAACUCUAACAGAGGAGGGCAAAGUCUCCUGCACUCUGCAAGAGGUAGAAGUACCGGUAUUAAGCAACGAAGAAUGCCGUAAAACGAAAUAUACAGCUGCCAUGAUAACCGAUAGGAUGUUGUGCGCCGGCUAUCCGAAAACGGGACAAAAGGAUUCUUGUCAGGGAGACAGCGGCGGCCCGCUCAUUACCGAGAGGAAAGACAAACGUUACGAAUUGAUUGGUGUAGUGUCGUGGGGAAAUGGCUGUGCCAGGGCUGGCUACCCAGGCGUUUACACCAGAGUCACGAAAUACUUGGACUGGAUUCGAGAAAAUACUAAAGAUGGGUGCUAUUGCUCUAGCUAAGCAGCUUAAUGACUUCACUGGAUAUAAAAGCAAAAAUAACAGAUUCAUUUAUUUUAUGUAAUACAGGGCUUAGUGUGUAUUCAAUUAAUGAUGUAAAAUUAAAAAAAUAUA